CAUCGCUCUCGUGUGUAAGCCUCAUUACACUUCUACACACUUUCUCUACUCUUCACACCUGCUGGGAGCCUGUGCACAAGUGUUGUGUUCUCCAGUCAGAAGAAGAUCUCUGGAGCAGAAGUGGAGAUGAGAGUCAGACGAGGAGACGACGUCACUCUCUACUCCGACUGUGUUUGGAAAAGUGGAUUUUAUCCGGCAUGGUUUAGAAACUGCUCACAUCAGAAUCAACCUCGGUUCAUGAUUUCCAAUACGGAUUUAAUGAAUGAAGCUUUUGCACAUUAUUCAUUUGUGUUUAAUGAAUCCACCAACACAUUCGACCUGCUGAUUAAGAACGUUACAGAAUCAGAUGAGGGUCUGUACUACUGCGCCAUACACGAGACACAGGUUACAGAGAUAAAUAGUGUUAUAAUCCGCAAUGAUGUUUAUCACUAUGGAAACAGAUCCACUCGUCUCUCUCUACUCGAAGAAUCCUGUCCCAGUGUUACUGUAUCUCCAAACCCCCCGAUUCCGUGUGGAACACAGUGGAAGCUGGUGUUGAGUGUGUGUGCUGUGUGUGUUUUCAUCUCCUCACUCUUCUCCUCCAUCUGUGUGUACUGCCUCUGCACAAACACCACUAAAGGUUCUGAAAAAAGAAAAGAGAUACUCACUGAACACGACUUUCAGGUACAUCAGUGUGAGAGGAGUGUGAACGGGGAGCUCUGCUGUUACACUGAAGUCUUAUACGCACUUCAGAAACCACCAAUCAAAUCAGACUAAACACACACACACACACACACACACACACACACACACACACACACACACUCACACACACACACACACACACACACAAAUUAUAGUGUGUAAUGGUGUGUAGAUGAUCACUGUGAUUGUGUCUCUAUAAAUGAUUUACAAUCAACUU